UUAAAAUUCAUUUAAUACAUUUAAAUGGAUGAUGAUCUAUCCUCUCAAGAAAAUGAUAAUGAUAACAUUAACAUAUCAACAUUUCAAUAUUUGAAUUCUCCUAAAGCCAAUAGCUUUUACAGAAAAGAUGAAGAUAAUACUGAAAGCCUCACCACAUUUAAAACUUGUACAAGUACACCCUCAGCUAAUCAAUAUAUAAAAAAUCUGCAUUAUAAAUCAAUACUUAAAGACAAAACUCUUAAAUCAACACCAUUUUAUCAUAAGGCCUCCGAUUUUUUUAAAUACAAAAAUAUCUCUAAAUCUGAUCAGCAUGAUAUGACUAAAAAUCUCAAAUCAUUAAAUCAACAUUAUGAUUAUGAUGAAUCAAUAAAUAAAUCUACAUCCUCUUCAAAUAAUUCAGAAGACAAUAACAGCUAUUUUAAUAAUGAAAAUCUUGAUUGGAAUAAUUGCUCCAACUCUUUUCUUAUAUCUUAUGUAAAAAAAGAUAAAGAAAAUAAUGAUAUAAAACAUUCCCAUAUCCAUGAUAACUCUAUGGAAAAUCAAGCAACUGCCUCAAAAUUUUUUACCAUGCCCAAUAAUUCUACUAAUGUGAAUAAUUGUAAUAUUAAUAAAAAUAUUAAUUAUAAAAUAACAAAUAUUGAUAUGCCUUUUUCAAUUAAUGAUAAUGAAAACAAACAACCUGGUACUGGUACAUAUAAAUCUGAAAAAAUAACUUUAUUAGUUGAUGAAACACGAUUUAUUGUUGACACAUCAAUAUUUUAUAAGCAUAGAAACACUAUGCUAGGAAGAAUGUUUGGAGCUUUCAACCUUAUUGAAAAUAAUCCAUAUGUAAAACCUAAUCUCAGGGGUGAAUUUGAAGUUGGAGAAGGUAUAUCUUCCACACUAUUCAAGGCAAUUUUGGAUUAUUACAAAAAGGGGAUCAUAACAUGUCCACCAGGGAUUGGUAUAGCAGAGUUAAAAGAGGCUUGCGACUAUUUACUUGUUCCAUUUGAUCCUCAAACCAUUCGAUGUUCUGAUCUAGGGUCUUUCCUGCACGAGAUAUCCAAUGAUGGAUCAAGGUCCAAAUUUAAGACGUACCUUGAAAAAUUGAUCCUCCCAGUAUUGGUCAUAAGUGCGCAGAAUGGGGAAAGGGAAUGUCACGUGGUUGUGUUGAUGGAGAAGGAUGAGAUAGUGUGGGACGCCGAACAUCCGCCUCAGACCGGCGAGGAAUAUUGCCACGUCAUUUAUAGCAAGUCACUACACCGGUUCUUACAAUACGUUGAAAACCGAGAGAUGGCUAAGAGGGUCAUGAAAGAUCGGGGCUUAAAGAACAUCAAGAUUGGUAUCGAAGGUUUUCCCACUUGCAUGGAGAAGAUUAAAAAGCGUAAGGGUGGCAAAGAAGAAGUCAUAUACCACUACAUUCAGCGCCCAUUUUUACGACUCUCCUGGCAAAAGGAGGAAGCCCGGUCUCGCCAUGUCGAUUUUCAAUGCGUUACUACGCUCAAAAAGUAUCCCUCCACGCGCCAGGACGCAUCAACCUCUGGUUCCGCAUCUGGUUCAAACAAUGUUAUAGCGGGUGCACAGUUAAUAGCAGCGGCAGCCGACACCGAAUCAGAUCGGGGAUUGGUCCAAAUUGCUGUCGACGGAGUGGGUUGCCCUUUAAGAGAAAUUGAUGGCUUAGACAUUCCCCGUUCUUCGAAUAUAGAUCUCGUUAACAAUGAUUCCACAAACACCGAAUCAUUUUUCGAAAAUGACGCCAACAUAACAAAUGCUCCCAUAUCUUUGCCCAACGAUCUAUCCGUUGUUCUCGAUCGAAUUACAAUCAAUAAUAAUAAUAGAAGAAAUGAAGAGAAUCUAUGCGAGAAUUCCAAUGACGUAACCACAGAGGAAGCCCAAAAUUUAAAUAGUGAAAUUAACGAAUAUCCACCUCGCACUAACGAGGAUCAUGAAUUUUAAAAAUCGAAUACCUUAAUAUUUUUUUACUAAUUUAUAUUUAAUUAUAUUGAAAUAUUACUUAUUUAUUAUAUGACAUUUAAUCCUUUUUUUAUAUUCGUUGUAUUUAAAUAAUGCUUUUAAUAUUUAAAAUUCUUUUAACAUGU